AUUUUGGUUUACAUCCCAUCCCAUCUCAUCCCAGACAUUAACAUUGCAACAUCUUCCAGCGAUUCAGAUUACCCAGAUAAUUUAAUAUAAAUGCUUUAGAGAACUAGUAUGAGAGCCGCUCGUAGCGUUAGUUAUUGCCAGUAUUCUUUCAUUGUGUUUGUAUUGUGCCAUCUUAAACAUUUUAAGAUGAUUCUUGGAGAAACUAGUCCCUAUUUAUUGGCUGAAUUCAAAAUUUCUUGUUUAGUCUGCGGCUUAACACUCUAAAGAAUCACAUAGAUGGUCAAAGGAUCAAAGUAGCACAUUUUCCAUAGAUCACAGAAACAUCAGCGGGAAGGGCAAGGAAAAGAAUGCGUUGAAGCACACAUACUGCAAUCCCCAAAUUGUUUGAUAAGUGGGAAUUGUAUAUUUUGAGCAACAGAUGUGGAACUUUUAGGGAGCAAAUAUGUAGGGGCCACUAAAAAUAUAAUUUAACUAUGGAAUCCGAAGAAAAAUAAUAUCUUUUUAGCCUCACCCGCGCCUUUUCUCCUCACCAUCUUUGUCCGCCAUUAAAAAGUUCUCAUGUCUUUCAACUGCUUGCUCUUCAGUAUUGAUGAAACGUGUGUCAUCAUUUGAUCACUCAAUUGAUGAGUGGUGAAAAAGAAGAGCGUCCCAGUAUGGUAGCCGGUAGGGACAGCAAAUGGGGGCCAGGGGGAAAAGAAGGGUCUUGAAAAGCAGACUCCUGAGAAACAAUUAUCGUUUCUUUUAAGACACUGCCAAAUACUACUACUAUUACUGGUUUAUUGACGACUUAUUUAUUGUAGAAUACACUAGUUAUUGUUAUUAAUUUCUUUCUAUAACAGGCCCCCUUCCAAAUCUGUUGCCCUUUUAUUCAUUACUAGUUUUCCCCUUUAAUUCAUUUCUCACUCACUCUCUCAUACAAACACCCGGGAAACUGUUCACAGUCUGGCUUUCCUUUGUGAUACCUGCACGGAGUGGCAAUAUUGACUUACUGACUGAAAGCUUCUUUUUUAUAAUAGAUUGUCCUGAAUGUUUGCUGGGAAGAGAUUCUGUGUUAGGUGUUCAAGUCUUUGCUGUUAAUUUUGCUCUCCUUGAAAUCAAAGGCCUUCCAUUGUGAUUGCUUUACAGAAGUGGAUAGCUGACUAAUGGACAAGAUUAUGGAUAGAAUCGACUUGAGAGCCCAUGUUUCUGUUUCCUCAGAAUCAGAGGAAUCUGCACUUGAUUUGGAAAGAAAUCAUUGCAAUAAUUUCAAUAUGCCCGAUUCUAGCCCUUCACCAUCACGGGCCUUUGCUUCAGGCGGUCAGCUCUCAGAUAACAAUGCUGCUUACUUUUCUUGGCCAGUUUUUCAUACAAGUGAUCAUGUGGAAGAUAGGGCACAUUACUUUGGGAAUCUUCAGAAAGGGAUCUUACCAGAAACUUCUGGCAGACGCCCCACAGGGUUGCAAGCUACUACUUUGCUUGAACUGAUGACCAUAAGAGCGUUUCACAGCAAAUUUUUGCGACGCUUUAGUCUUGGCACGGCAAUUGGUUUUAGGAUCAGGAGGGGAGUGCUGACCAAUAUCCCUGCAAUACUUGUCUUUGUUGCUAGAAAAGUUCACAUGCAGUGGCUCAACCCAGCUCAUCGUUUACCUGAUGCCCUCGAGGGGCCUGGAAGCGUUUGGUGUGAUGUUGAUGUUGUUGAGUUUGCUUAUUAUGGAGUGCCUGCAGCUACCCCGAAAGAACAACUGUACACUGAGCUAGUUGAUGGGUUUGGGGGAGGUGAUCCAUGUAUUGGGUCAGGUUCCCAGGUUGCAAGCCAAGAAACUUAUGGGACCUUGGGUGCCAUUGUCAAAAGCAGAACAGGGAAUAGGCAGGUUGGUUUUCUUACUAAUCGGCAUGUGGCUGUUGAUCUGGACUACCCUAGUCAGAAGAUGUUCCACCCUCUGCCACCAAGUCUUGGACCAGGGGUAUAUUUAGGAGCUGUGGAAAGAGCGACAUCAUUUGUAGCUGAUUACCUUUGGUAUGGCAUUUUUGCUGGAGCUAACCCAGAGACCUUUGUUCGAGCUGAUGGGGCCUUCAUCCCUUUUGCUGAAGAUUUUAACAUGGCCGGUGUUACCACACUGGUGAAAGGCAUUGGUGAAAUUGGUGAUGUUCAUAUAAUCGAUUUACAGUCCCGUGUUGGCAGUCUAGUUGGAAGGCAAGUUGUAAAAGUUGGAAGGAGUUCUGGUUUGACUACUGGAACCAUAAUGGCCUAUUCUCUGGAGUAUAACGACGAAAAAGGAAUAUGUUUCUUCACUGAUUUUCUUGUUGUUGGAGAGAAUCAACAGACAUUUGACCUUGAAGGUGACAGUGGAAGCCUUAUUCUGCUGACAGAUCAAAAUGGUGAGAAGCCCCGUCCAGUUGGUAUCAUUUGGGGCGGAACAGCCAAUCGCGGGCGUCUAAAGUUGAGAGUUGGCCAACCUCCCGAAAAUUGGACCAGUGGAGUUGAUUUGGGACGCCUUCUAGAUCUCCUAGAGCUUGAUCUUGUCACAUCUAAUGCAGGACUCCACGCUGCACUCCAAGAGCAGAGAAUUGCAUCAGCUGCAAGAGUCGGGUUUGGCAUUAGAGAAUGCGCGUCGCCUGAGCUCGAGCAAGUGAAGGCAAAUGUAGAACGUGUGUGUGAACAAAACACUGUGCCACAAGCUGUGAGCACAAUCCAUAUUUUUUCCGCUGAUGAUGAUGAUAGAGAGUUUUGCAUUAAAGGUUGUGCAGAGGCAAUGAUUGUUCCCAGUGUGGAACACCAAUUCAUCCCAAGCUUUCCCUGCAAAUCUCUCGUAUCCCAUAAUAAUGGCCAUAGCCAGAGCCAGAGCCAGAGCCAGAGGAAAAGGGGCAACUUGGAAAACCUAUUCUUGUUAGGUGGUGGUGAUGAAUCUGAGGGAGAGGUCUGUGUGUCCUUGCAGUUGGGUGAAAGUGAAGCUCAGCCCAAGAGAAGAAAACAAUCUGAUCCUCUCUCAAGUUUCAUCUCCACCCAUAAUAAAUCACCAGCUCAUCCCUAGCCUCCUCCUCCACGUCCACCAUAAUUACAUUGUUCAUCAGUCCACGGAGGGCCCUGUGGGAGUUCAUCUAUGCCCACACACACAUAUAAUAUAUAUAUAUAUAUUAUUUGUCGGAACUCUCACUAUUCUUUCACCCCUGAUUUUUGUGAAGGUCAAUAUGAUAUGAUAUGUAUGUUUGUGAAUGAAUGUAUGCAUGUACGUGUGCUGGUGUGCCAAGACAAGAGUCACACAAUCUUAGAGGCAAUAUAUAAUUAUAUAUAACGGCUGUAUUGGUUGUGAAACUAUUUCACUCUGUGGAAAUGGUCAAACAAUAAAAAAUUGAAGAAAUUUGCAUGGUGUAAUAUACAUA